AUGGCGAAGAAGAACAACAAAAAGAGGAGACCCGAUAGUGAUGAAGACGAUGACGAAACCUUCUAUUACCGUUACGCUUCGGCUCCUACUCCCCCCGCCAACCAACUGUCACGGACCUCCGCCUCUGGGACCAAACCCUCCAGCUCCGGUUCAGGUGCCCUAGCUCCUUCUAAAUCGACCCUUUACGUCUCCAACAUCGAUUACUCCCUCACUAAUUCCGAUCUCCACACACUCUUCUCCACCUUUGGCAAAGUCGCUCGCGUCUCUGUCCUCAAGGACCGCCAGACCCGCCUCAGCCGUGGCGUGGCCUUCGUCCAGUUCGUAUCGCGGAACGACGCCGUCUCGGCAGCCCGCCAGAUGCACGGGAAGGUCCUCAACGGGAGAACCCUAACGGCUUCGAUCGCCGCAGAUAAUGGCCGAGCCUCGGAGUUCAUCCGCAAGAGGGUUUACAGGGACAAGAGUCGGUGCUACGAGUGUGGUGCCGAAGGUCACCUAUCUUACGAGUGUCCGAAGAACCAGCUCGGGCCGAGAGAGCGACCUCCGCCGAAGAAAUUGAGGAGGGGUGGCGAGAAUUUGAAGAGGGAAGACGAGGAGGAUAACGAAGCGGGGUGGUCUGAUGGAGCUGGGGAAGUGUUUGAGGAUGAUAAUUGGGCGUCGGUGGUAGAUAGUGGCGCGGACGAGAGGUUGUUGAGAGAAGCAACCGGCGGUGAUAGUGGUUGUGGUGAGGAAGAGAAGAAGAAGAAGUUCAAGAAGACUAGUUACUUCAGCGAUGAGAGUGGUGAUGAGGAUGACUGAUGUCAACAGGUGGAGUUGCUCUUGAUAUGGGGUUAAUCAAAUUACUGGGCUUUGCCUUAUGAAGUUAUUAACUUUCUUUAUUUGAUUAAACUCUUUUAGCAUCGAGUUUGAGUUGGGUAAUGCUGGAAGAUGAUACAGUGGGUUUCCUUCUUAGGCUUGGUUAGAAGUUUAGGAGAUAAAAGAAAUCAUUUUAAGUGUGGAACAGAGUAUGAAUUAAUGGAUGGAGAGAAUAUAGAAUUCAGUUGCAGUCAAUGCAGCAUUGGUUAAAUCUCGGCAUUAUUGGGUAUAAAAAAAUCAUUUAUAUGCUAACAUUUUAGUCAAAAGCUCAUCUUUCAUUUGUUUGAGUUCAUUGGAUCUGUCAAAUUGUUUCUCAAAGAUGUCCAAGGUUAAUUUAGAUGGCCUCGACAUUGUUUAACUUGUAGUCUUGUAUUAUGCAAAAUGCUUUGGCUGCUUGAUACUGUGAUGACUCCAGUUGAAUUAUACUGAAGAAUCAGGCUUCUUAAUUUCUAUAGGCGUCUUGCAUGUUCUCCCUGUAUCACCAGCUGGCAAAGUGUAGUAUUUCAUCAACAGAUAAUCCUAUCAGAUUAAUAUGGGUCAUUGGAAUAUGCCUUGCAAUUUGCAUAUUGUACAUAAUGCCGUGGAAUGGAUCAUUGAAAUUUUUUGCUUGUUCUGGCUGCAAAUUAUAUGUACUGCUUGCGUUAUAGUUUUCAUUCAUUACUGUUCAAUUGGCAUUAUGCAAAUAAGAUAAACUUUCUCUCUUUAUUUUCAUUAUGAUUACAAUAGCAUUCGUUGUACUUCUUGAAUGGAAUGUAUUUCUUGAUCAGCAAAUAAGAAUGCGAAUAACGAACCUCCAAGUCAUAGUUGGUACAUGUUUACUUUUCUACAGCAAACAAUUUUGGAUUACACUGUGGAGAUAUUGGGAGAAUAUUGAUAUUCAGGUCUAUUUUUAUACAUAUAAUAAAUCUCAACUAACAAAGGUCGACAGAAAAAUAUUGCCUGCCCCAAAUGAAGCCUAGGUCUUGUCCGCAUUUUCAGAAGCUGCAGCGGAAACCGUGGAGCAAAACUUCUUUCCUCCGGAGAUUUGGAGCUUUCUCGCUCAUUGUUUUGAUUUCUGGAGAAAUAUAAGUAAUUCUAGGUGAGAAAGAUAGUUUAGAGAUGAUAGAUUUAUGUAGGAAAUCAGAAGAGACUUACCAUCAUUUCAUGGUCUCCCAUUAUCUCUUCUAUCACCUCCUGCAUAGGUUUAUCGGCACUGUUUGGAACUAGUGCUGCAAAGAUAGCUGGUUCUAGUCCUAUAAACCAGGACCCUUUUUAAUUACACAUGAACUACUCAUUGUACGUGAUAUGAUUUAACAAGUCAAAACUCAGUUUUCAUUGCUGUACUGUAGUACUUAUAUUAUUAAAGGCUCUGAUUUCAGAUA